AUGUUGCAGAAACUUUCCUUGUCCUUGCUGCUGGUGGCUGUGUUGAUGACAGCCUCAGAAGCCCGGAAGGACCGGCCUGCAGGAGCCAUCCCGUCGCCCUACAAGGAAGGUAGUAGUGAUCCCUCAGAGCGCUGGCAGCUGCGGGUAAAGGAGGUGCUGGCCUCCAGCCAGGAGGCUCUGGUGGUCACUGAGCGCAAGUACCUCCGGAGCGACUGGUGCAAGACACAGCCACUGCGACAGACGGUGAGAGAGCAGGGCUGCCGCAGCCGCACGCUGCUUAAUCGCUUCUGCUAUGGCCAAUGCAACUCGUUCUACAUCCCGCGUCAGGUGCGCGCGCGGGAGGCCACCUUCCAGUCCUGUGCCUUCUGCAGGCCACAGCGCUCCACGUCGGUGCUCGUGGAGCUCCAGUGCCCUGGCCUAGACCCGCCCUUUCGGCUCAAGAAGGUGCAGAAGGUGAAGCAGUGUCGCUGCAUGUCCGUCAGCCUGGGCGCAUCCAACAAGCACUGA